ACUGCACACCCCGCACAUUCCAAUUCCACCGGUUUCUUCUUCUUCUUCUUCGUCAUUCUCGUCGUCGUUUCGCACAUUGUCGCUCCUGAACUCGAAGAUUGGGAUUGAGACUCGUUUCAUCGCUCAACGGCGAUCGAGAACGCAAGGUCCAGAGCCGAAUCGCGAGCCUGCCAUGUCGGCUUCGAACUCGAGGUUUGCUGCUGACUUGGGUUGCGACGGCAUUGCUCAUUCGGUUCCAGUUGGCGUAGCCUAUGCCGAAAUUGUUGUCGUGCGUCACGGGGAAACCGAGUGGAAUGCUGAUGGAAGAAUUCAGGGACAUCUGGAUAUCGAAUUAAAUGAAAUUGGGAGGCGGCAAGCAACUGCAGUGGGUGAAAGGCUGUCCAGAGAAGGUAAAAUCUCUGCAAUUUACUCAUCUGACCUAAAACGAGCUUUGGAGACGGCAAAUCUAAUUGCAACUGCUUGUGGUGGACUGGAGGUUAUCCAGGAUCCAGGUCUCCGGGAAAUAAAUCUAGGGGAGCUUCAAGGCCUUCACCCACGUGCUGCAGCUAGGGUCUGUCCGGAAGCCUAUAAAGUCCUUCGAUCGCAGAGGACAGAUCGAGAAAUUCCGGGUGGUGGUGAAAGUAUUGAUCAGGUUUAUCAGCGCUCCACUACGUGUUUGCGAAACAUCAGUAUGAAGCACAAAGGAGAACGAGUAGUAGUGGUCACUCAUGGUGGUGUAAUCCAAUCGCUUCAUAGGUGGGCUUGCCCAAAUAAACGGUCUGGCAGAAAGGUACUGAAUACUUCUGUCAACAUUUUCCACUUGUCUGAUGCGGACAACUGCAUCUUAAAAUCCUGGGGUGAUGUUAGUCAUCUCAGCCAAAUGAAAUAUCUGAGCACAGGGUUUGGUGGGGAUAGAACUUCUGGUUAGAUCGACCGGGCUGGAUACUGUUCCAGUAGCCUACUAGCAGUGAGCUAUGGUAAGACCAAAAUCAGUGGGAAGAACUGAGAGAUAGCAUAUAUUGAUUGUUCGAACAACAUGUAUUAUUUUUCAUAAUGGCCCAGAAGAGUCCUAUCCUAUGGUCACGUAACCAAGUGUUUUGGGUGCCCCAAUUGUUAGAAAUACCCAGUUAAAGAUUAAUUGUUUGACAUUGUAAAUUGUGUCCAGCCACUUGAUCAUUUCUUUUUAUUUGUGAUAAAACCUCGUAUAUGGAUUAGCAUGGACAGGUAAUGGUGAUUAUAUCUGAUUAUAUCUUUACUGGUUCUACAUUCGUAGUUUUCUUUAUGGGUUUGUUCUUGAGCUCUGUGCGUUUGGCAAGCAUGGAAUGCAUUAGGUGAGGUCUGCUUGAUUUAGAUCUCCCUUGGAUGGCUUUUCUGUUUUAUCCUUAUGCGUGGACGUUUGGUGCUUUUGGUUCACUCGGCUAUGUCGGUGGCAUUCAGUCCUACCUCCAUACAUGUGAAAAACUAAGGCCAGUCGAGUCCUAGAUAAUAUGCUUGGAUUGUGUUUGAGAUCUGGCCAAUUCUUGAUCAUAGGAUAAAUACCACGAACACAUACACGAGUUUUUAUUAGUUUUUAUUAGUUUCAUUACAUUUGCUAUUUUUUAAAAUACAAUUUUGCAUCUAAAGUCUAUUUAGCAUAACUAAAUGAGAAAAUUUUAAAUAAGGGCAUGAAGUGCCCUCUUCAGUAUCG